CUGAGUGGCAUGAUUGGUGGUUUAACUACAAUAUUUCAUCAUUGUUGCAUAAAUGCUCCUAAAAAGGAAGCAAGCACAACAGGCAAUGUAACUUUUUUUCAGUCGUCUUACUGGAGUUUUUCUUCUAAGGAAAAGGUUGUCUUUAAAUGGUUGGGGAAUACCAUCCUCCUGAGAGUGAAGUUUGUAUGACCGAAGUGCUCCAGGAUUUAGUCAAGCAAAAAUUACUUUAAGGAAAAUCACUGGUAGCUGUGUUGAGGAUGGAUUUGGAAUGGAGAGAGGAAUCCAUUGGCAGCUAUGGCAGUGGUCCAGAGGAACAAAGAAUGGGAGGAGGCUCCACCAAACCAAUGGCAAACCCUGGCAUCACAUCAACAGAAAACCCAGAGAUUAAUAUUACAAAUUGCCCAACUGUCCUGCAAUUCAGUGAACCAUACAUCUACUUAAUUGUGGCCUUCGUUGCUGGGAUUCUUCUGACGCUUUUGGUCACUGUCAUCAUCUGCCUCAUCAAGAAGUGUUGUCACAAAGAUCCAACCAGUCUCUCCGGGCAGACUUCCCACACCUCAGACCCUUCCCACAAGCAUUGCUCCAGUGCUGAGGAGGCCCUUACCUGUGCCUACAUGUCUCUCCAAGAUUCAGAAGAAAAGAGAGUCCACUUUGCCCAAGGCCAGAAUGAAGACUCAGACCCCAUUGUCUAUGCGCAAAUCAAAGUGCAAACUAAAGCCAGCCUUCCCACCAAUGGAAGUUAGGGAGAGACGCUAGAACCAAUGGUCCCACCCCUCCCCUCUCUUACAGAUAUUGGUCCCCUUCAUUCUAAGCAUCCUAACAAUCCUGGUAUGGGGGUGACACACUUAAGUACUUAACCCAGUCACUUCAAAAGCUGCUGGACUGAGCAUUCUCUAUCCAUGGAAAGGAUUGCCCUCCCAUUCAUGAAGGUAGGGGCUAAGUCUCUUUUUUAGACUGCUCUAGUUAUAUAGAUCAUGCAACCCUCUAUGAGCUCCAUUAAGGGUGUUAAUAACUUUGGAGGAGCAGGUGGGAAAUUCCAAAUAAAGAAACCUUAUACAAACUUGGAUUUUUCUUGAUAACCCAUGCCUGAGCACCCAAAACUUUCUCUAGAGUUCAGAACCACAAGAUCACAGACCCUCAGAAGAGGGAGUCAGUUACCACAAUGGUAAGGAAAAGCCAGAAGUCAGAAGUGGGAUUAAGGGUAAUUUCUAAGGAAUUAGGAAUCUGAGGGGGAAAAGAGACAGAGGAAGAAGAAUCUGGAUAAAAGUCAUUACACCCUUCCUCUUCCAGUAGACUCAUAGGCAGAGAAAAGGCCACUGCAAGGGAAACCAAGUUGGGGAAAACGGUAACAGUAAGCAGAAAAAGUGGAGCAUAAGUGAAGCCAACCAGCCCCAUGAUGGCAGUGAAGGAUCAGAGAACUUUCCCCUUUGUUUCCCCUGGGGUUUGUCUAAGCAAGGGAACUGAGGGUUUUCCCUAACUUCUGGGUAAGGUCCUCUUCCUCACGCUCCUCUGUUGAGGAAAUAUGCCUUAUAAAGCGAUAUGAAAUCCUGUGAUUCUCUGCUUCUGAUUGAGAAAUGACUUAAGCUCCCCUUUCCCUUGCCUUCUUGAGGAGGGCUACAGGUUCCACUUGUUUAUUGUGAUCAGCAAAUCCUUAUUUUUUCUUUCUCUGUGGUUGUGGGACAUGGGGUAAGAUUGGCUCCUAUGAGGAGUGCAAAGUUUCUGGCUCAAAAACUCACUGAUUAAUUUUUUUUUUUUUUUAGUGAGGCAAUUGGGGUUAAGUGACUAGCACAGGGUCACACAGCUG